AUGGCGUACGGCCAGCCCUUGGAUGUCCUCCUGGUCCAAAAGGUGACAGAGGGGAUCCUGGGCCACCUGGGAGACCUGGAAUACCUGGGUUUCCGGGCCCACCUGGACAUCCAGGCACACCAGCCGUAUCGCCCAGCCCUACAAACCUGUAACUCUAAUGUGGAUUCGUUUAAUCCAGGUCUCUUUGGAGAGACUGGCCAGGAGCUUCAAACUUUAAAGGAAAGAACUGCAAAGUUGGAACUUGCUAUUAACUACGACUUUGUCCGAAGAGUUGGUCGGAAGUAUUUUGUGUCCUACAAGGAGAGGGGUUCUUUCUCCAGGGCUGUCGACUUCUGCUCCCAACAAGGCUUGGAGCUGGCUCUGCCCCAGAAUGAGGAGGAGAACAACAUACUGACACAGUUCUUUGGGGAUGUUCACAAGAUGGCCUGGAUCAGCGUCAACAUUAACAAAGCAGAAGGGAAUUUUGAAACCGAUAUGAAAGACCAACCUCUGACCUUCACCAAAUGGGGAGCAGGGCAGCCAGACAGAUCCAUUGGGGAUACAGGCUGCACCAUGCUGUCAGAACAUGGUGUUUGGCGACUGACACAAGAAUGCUCCCUGAAUGCUUACAUCGUUUGUCAGUUAUAGAAAGUUAUCAUAUCCCUUGCAAGUUGUGUUUCAAAGUAAAGUUUUUGUCCACUUCAUCUGAUAAAAUGCUUGUAUUUGAAAAAAAAAGCCCUUAAAGACAUUUAUUAGCUGUUUUGAUAG